GCUGUAUGACUACGUACUGUGCCUGCCCGACGCGGUCACUUUUAUCGUCGAGUCUCGAUGGGGACUCGGCACAUUUCUGUAUCUAGCUUGCAGCCACUUGCCACUUGCCUUCAUGUUGCUGAAUAUGCUCGUGGUUUUUCAGCCUGAUUCCCCAUUCCAUCUUUGCCGCUCUUAUAAUAUCGCUAAUUCCUAUAUAGGGAUAGCAACGAUGAUUUGUGCAGAGUGUAUCUUCGCACUCAGAGCAUAUGCAGUAUGGGAACGGGGGAGAUGGUUCGCAGCGGUGGAGAUCGUUUGCAUCAUUGCUUAUUUGGUGCCGAUCACCUACUGCCUGCAAGAAUUUAACUUGUCAGUUCCAGAACCAUGUUAUAUCCCUGGCGUUACUGGAUAUUUGGAUACGGAGACAGGCUCCAGAAUAUAUAUAGCAUUUGGCUUGCUGGCUAUCGCCGAGUUACAAACAUUAUUGCUUCUGAUGUAUCGAGUCAAGGGCCACGGUGGUUGGGGGAUUGACAACCGUCUCAUGCGUGGUCUCAUAAGAGAUAAUCUGCUGUACUGUGGCUGUGGCUUUGCUUUUUCUCUCAGUGUCAUUCUCGCCACACUUCUUCUUCCGUUUCCGAUUGCACACCUGCUUGCAGAAUGCCAGAUUGUUGUUCAAGCCUUCUUGGUCACGCGAAUGCAUAGGGACUUCUGGAGAUCGGACCGUGCUUGUUGCGGCAUCGCCACAGAUGCCUCUCUUACAACGUGGAUGGCCGCUCUCUCAACGUGGAUGGCAGGAGCUCUAGAUACCAUGUGACGAUGUGCUUCCUCCGCCAAAUCAUCAUGAUCGUACAGCUGACGCCCGAACGAUGAGGAGACGAUACCUUUACUCUUAUACAGGCGAGGGCCAAACAACGGAGGGAUGGCGUCUAAUAAAUUGGGUCGAACACUAUACUGCAAAUGGCUUUGCUCAGUGUUGGCAAUCAAAUUCAGUCUCUUAUGCAAUACAAACAAGUUUUCUUUCGUUUUGCUUUCCCUCCCUUCGGC